ACCCUACCCAAUAUGGCCGCCAGAAAAAGCAAAAAAAACUUCCUCCCCCCCCGUUGGUUAACAGCCGUGUGGCGUGCAGGAGGUCAAAGGUCGCGCUCCUUACCCAAGAUGGCCACCACGAUACAAACCACUUCAUAAGCGUUUCUAUCUGCUCGCCGCAACAACAACCACAACAACCACAACAACCACAACCACAACAACCACAACCACCACCAUGUCGGACAACAACAACCAGCAGCAGCAGCAGCCGCGUCUACAGCGCAUCGUCAACAACAACAACAACAACCUGAACAUCAACAACAACAACGUGGCCGCUAACGGCGCCGCCAAUCCGCUUAUGAAUGUUCGUGAUCGCCUCUUCCAUGCACUCUUCUUUAAGAUGGCAGUGGCCUACAGCCGGCUGCUGUCACCCGCCUGGCGCAGGCUGCUCGAGUUCACCGUCCUGCUCGCGGCCCUGCUGCUCCUCUCCACGCUGGUGUACAUCCACGCCGCGUUCUCACGCUCUCCGUCCCUCUGCCUGCUGUCCGUUCGCGACCGCUGGCCCCGCGAUGGAAUCCUCCGAGUUCAAAUCUCCCGUGGCGGUGGGGGGCUCACUAGUGGGGGGGUGCUGGUGGGUGGAGGUGGUGGGGGGAACUCCGCCACCACCCCAACAUUUCCUGCUGAUGGAGACGAUUUGGUGGGGUUCCUGUCGCCGGAGGGAGACGCGGGGAAGAUCCUCGCUCCGGAGGGAGACGCGGGGACACGGAGAUCUCCGGAGGGAGACACGGGGACGCUGAGAUCUCCGGAGGGAGACACGGGGACACGGAGAUCUCCGGAGGGAGACACGGGGACAGAGAGACACGGAGACAAGGGAGACACGGGGACACGGAGAUCUCCGGAGGGAGACGUGGGGACCCAGACUCACCUGGCUGUUGAUGGUGACGAUGGUGACGACGACGAUGAUGAAGAAGAUGAGCUAAGCGUAGAGAUGUUUGGGAAUCAAUCUAUAAAGUUUGAUUUGGAGUUGCAUCCUCAAACCAAUCAGGAGGCUCUGACCGCCACCGAGUCGGCCAAUCAGAACGCAGCGCAGCAGCCGCUCCCUUCCACUGCAGAUGGAGAGGGCACACAAGGGGAGUAUGUGGUGGAGUACUCUCUGGAGUAUGGGUUCCUGCGUCUCUCCCACGCCACCAGACAGAGACUCCGCAUCCCGGUGAUGGUCGUCUCCCUCGACCCAGAGAGUGAGCCCUGCUUUGGAGACCGAGUGAGUCGCCUUCUGCUCGACUCUGUGCUGGGCUACGACGAUUUGCUGAUGGGGAGCGUCAAGACUCUGGCUGAGGCCGAGCACAACAAGGGGUUCCUACGUAACGUGAUCACCGGAGAACAUUAUCGCUUUGUCUCUCUGUGGAUGGCUCGAAGCUCCUACAUCACGGCUGGGCUCAUCAUGGCCAUAUUUACUCUGUCUGUGUCGAUGCUUCUGCGCUACUCCCACCACCAGAUCUUCGUCUUCAUCGUGGAUCUGCUACAGAUGCUGGAAAUGAAUUUGAGUAUCGCCUUUCCUGCCGCUCCUCUGCUCACCGUCAUCCUCGCCCUCGUUGGGAUGGAGGCCAUCAUGUCGGAGUUCUUCAGCGACACCACCACGGCCUUUUAUAUCAUCCUGGUGGUGUGGCUGGCUGACCAGUACGAUGCCAUCUGUUGUCACACCACCACCAGCCGUAGACACUGGCUCAG